AGGCAAGAAGUACUAGAGUGCCACUGGCCAACUCAGUCUUCCGUCUUCAUCCUCUUGCAAGAAACCUCAGAGGCUUUCUCCCCUCGGUGCUCUGCCUCUGUCGCUGCUGCGGCCCGCGAGUUCCUCUUCUUCCUCUCUAUUCUUCUUCGGGUACCUCUUUUGUCUACGCUCUGUCCUUUUCUGCAGAGAUUCUCGCUUGAGCAGUUCAUAGCUGUACGAAUUUCGGUGGCUGGGUUGAUUGAUAUUGCUCUACUAGUUUGAAUCGAAGUUAAUGGUGGGAUUUAGGUUUUCAAAUCCGAGGGCGGUUGGUAGUUCCAUCAGGUCUGCCUGGAGGGCGCAGCGGUCGCUGAGAUCCGGCAAUCACUACACGAAAGAAUGUAGUCUGGUUAGGUCUUUGGCAACUGCCCCGACUUUGCUUACCUCUGAUUCUCCUUCACAUUCCAAGCGUUUCAGUUCCAAUUCGGUGGCGGGUCGUUCGUCCGCUCUUCUUGGUUUCUACUCUGCGAGAGCCGUUCCUUUCGCCUGUGCGAGCCCUUUCUUGAUUCAACGCUCUUGUUUCUCGACCUCCAAUGGCAAAGGUGAGAAACCUGGUGGCGAUAGUGCAGUCUCUGCUGGAACUGGAACUGGAACUGAUGUGCGCGAUGGAGGAAACGGAAUUUCAGGUGGUGAGUGGAUGGAUAAGCUUAGCGAUGUGUGGCACAGCGUAACUAAUGCUGUCAACUAUACAGCAGAAAGGGCUAAAGAGGUUACUGAUGGAAUGACCCCUCAUGUCCAGAAUGUGCUUGAUUCGUAUCCCUAUCUUAACACUGUGGUUGUUCCUAUUGGCUACACACUAACUGGUACCAUAUUGGCAUGGGUGGUUAUGCCUAAGCUUCUGAGAAGGCUUCAAAGGUUUGCACUGCGAACUCCUGGUGGAGUACUCUCCACGAGCAUAAUCGGGCAGGAAAUUCCUUACGAGAAAAGUGUCUGGGGUGCUUUGGAGGAUCCUAUGCGCUAUUUGAUCACGUUCAUGGCAUUUUCACAAAUUUGUACGAUGUUGGCUCCAACUACUGUGGCAUCACAAUAUCUCGGACAAGCAUGGAAGGGCGCAACAACUAUUUCCUUGGUGUGGUUUCUUUAUCGGUGGAAGACCAAUUUGAUCAGUCGUGCGUUGGCUUCACAUAGUUUGGCCGUUGCUGAUCGAGAGAAGUGGUUAACCUUGGAUAGAGUUUCCUCUAUUGGGCUUUUUGUUGUUGGCCUAACUGCUUUCGCUGAGGCAUCGGGAGUGGCUGUGCAAUCUAUUUUGACAGUUGGAGGAGUUGGAGGUGUGGCUACUGCAUUUGCUGCUCGUGAUGUCCUUGGAAAUGUUCUCAGUGGUUUAUCAAUGGAAGCUUCAAAACCUUUUUCACUUGGAGAUACGAUAAAGGCAAGCCAAGUGGUUGAGAUGGGACUAACUUCUACAAUGUUACUAAAUGCUGAGAAGUUUCCAGUAAUAGUUCCAAAUUCAUUGUUUUCUAGUCAGGUGAUUGUAAAUAAGUCUCGUGCUCAUUUCCGCGCUAUGGUGAAAGUAAUUCCUCUGGUAGUUGAUGAUGUGGACAAGGUUGCACAAAUUUCGAAGGACAUUGAGGGAAUGAUAAAGUCGAACCCAAAGAUUUUCUUGGGGAAGGAGGUUCCUUACUGUUUCUUGUCCAACAUUGGAAGCUCCUCUGCAGAAUUGACUUUGGGAUGCAAUCUUAAGCACAUGAGCAAAUAUGAUUGUUAUGCCACUGAACAGGAGAUACUCUUGGAGUCGGCUCGCAUAAUUAAAGGACAUGGUGCCAGACUGGGAAGUACUUGGCAAUCAUAAUUCCGGUGGAUGCUGCCCUGGUCUUGUUAUUUCCUCGUCAUGUAAAUGCUCAACUGAUCCAUUUUGCCAACCAGGACGUCGAAACCCUAUACAUAUAGUCUCACAAAUCUGCAGAAAUCCUUAUGACGGUUAACAACAUUGUCUACCACUGAUCCAUGACUUUUUUUUUUUUUUUUUGUCGUUCACAAGAUACAUCCCUUGGCCGGUGGGAGAUUUUGGGAGAUCUUGUUGGUUACUAUCUGAAAUGUAACUAGGGUUAUGAGCUCUAUAUUCAGAAUUAGAAGAACAGUGUCAUUGCCUAUUUCAAUCUUUUGGUUGAUGAUCUUGUAUCUUUUCCCCUUCAAGUUAAGCAAAUCAUUGGACCAUCUCUAGUGUGACAGCUUAAUGGUAACUCUUGAUUCAUGUUCCUG